GUUCUGCGACGAUGCCUCUGUUGUACAUGAUGGCCGACUCGGGCUCCCCUGCAUUUUUGACUCGGACCUGAGUGGGUAAACGGUAAAGCUCACGAUGUUGAUGACAACAUUGGCUAUUGUACGGACUCGGAUUUAGCGUGGAUCCUUUCAAAGCAUUCGCAUGUGUUGUCCAGCUCCUUCAACUGAUGCUGGUUACCAUAGUAAGGUGACAGUUCUCCGCAUGUUGCACACAUUCCCUGGUUUGAAAGCGGUCUCGACCCCAUCCGGUGAACGUCAUCAGCUCACUCCGCGAUCUGCUUUUCAUCCGUUUUUUUCAUCACUUUUUUCAUCACUUUUCAUGCUACAAUUCCACCUAAACAACUUCCAAAGUACACAUCACAGGAACUCCGCCUUUUGACAGAAUGGAGGACAAGAAUAUCAUUUUGCACACCAAACCCGGUGCCUCACUGCAUAUCUCAGUGGCCAAACCCCACCCGCCAGGCCCACACGCCCUCUCCAACACACUCGUGGUGUUCCUGAAUGGCCUCGCCCUACCCAGCGCAGCCUGGUGCGAAACCAUCGACAGAUUCCUCAACCUGCGCCGGAAAUCCAACCAGCCGAUCCCCGCCCUGCUCUGUUACGACCGUUACGGCCAGGGCAAAUCCGACUCGGACCCAACCGACGACCCGCAGGACGCACCCUACGGCCACGACUCGCGCGCAGCCGUCGCCGACCUGCACCAGCUCCUCAUCCAAGUCGCGCGAGACGAGCUUCACCGACAGAAGCUGGAAGACCUCCAGCUAGUACUAGUCUGCAACUCGAUCGGCUGCGCCCUCGCGCGCAUCUACGCCGCCGCCCACCCAGGGCGGGUCAGCGCCUAUGUCUUCCUCGACUCGAUGAUGGCCAACACGGAUUUCGUGUCCCUUUUCCCGGACCCGGACGGCGACGACGCCGGAUUUGACGAGGGCCAGUUGCCACAGGGCAUCACGCCGGACGACCUCCGGCAUGCGAGGGUCAGGGUCCGCAACUUCUUCCACCCGACCGUGCCCAACGCCGAGCAUCUUGACCGAAGACACCUGGCAGAGCUACUGCCGCAGGCCGACGGGCCUCGCCUGCCCCACGGGCCGGGAGGGAGGUCGCCGCUGUUGGUAGUGGCGGGUCACGACUGGGACGUCUUCGCCGAGCAGAGUGAGCAUGGCUCGUUAUCCGUGUCAAAAGCCGUCAUCAACGCGUAUGUCAACCCAGCCUGGGGCGCGUACAACCAGGGUUUGACUCGUCUCGUUCCGGCGGAGAACGAGGUGAAGAUAGCCAAGGGCUGUGGUCACUUCAUCCAAAAGGAUGACCCGGGCUUCGUGGCCAACGAGCUCAACGCCCUCUUGAAUAGGCUGCGGGACCGUGACUAGGGGCGUCGUUGAUUCAUCCAUUUGUCCGCUGCCACGCCAACGGGGGAGCAGUUAGGGCGGGAGCAGGAGAAGAUCGGUCAAGGAGAAGUAGAAUGCAGGCCAUGGUGCUGUUCUAAUUGCUGUGUAUAGCGGAUUCGAGUAAUAGUUGCACAUUACUUAUGUGUUCUACCAACCAGCGCUAACAAUACUUAACAACGAAACCGGUACCCGAGGAUCAAUAUCCAUCAUGCC